ACAUAGCAUAAGCAGGCAGUCUGUCUAGUCUAUUGUUCUUUCUGGUAAAAUUAUACAUAGCAUAAGCAGGCAGUCAUGCUUUCUGUUCACGUGUUUGGAUGAGCUAUCCCGUAUAGCUGACUAAACCAAUUAUUUCUGUGCGGAUGUCACUCGUGACUGGUUUAUACUUGUUCACUAAAGUCUCAGGUUUUUCUUUACGGGAAGCGGAGACUUAUCAAUCUAUCAACUAAAUUUGAAUGUUAAGAUAGAUGAAAAUUCAAUAAAAAGUGCUUCGACGAGCCAUGCUUGAAAGUUGAAACCCAUCACUGAUGAUGCCACAUUAACCCCUCUUUUCACGUUUCCUUGUCGCCCACUUGGUAUUUACAAAACCUUUUCACCUAAAACUCCACUCCAAAAAUUGCGCCUUAAAAUUUAUAUUUAUUACCUACUCCAUUGUUUAUGACGUGAAAUCGUACGUUAACAAAACCUGCUUUCCCUAUUUAAUUACUCCCUGAGAUAUGAUUACGUCUCUCUCACUCUUGUUACCAACAUCAAUUUCUUCAUGAAUUCAAAUCUUCACCUCUUUCCAGAAAAGCUCAAGAGUCAAAUGCUACUACACUUCUUUUGAAGGAACUCUUUUCCUUAGGAAAAAAGAAAAAAAAAUCCGUACUCAUUGAUAUUUCUUUUUUAAAUUACUGAGUGUUAUUUAGGUCUCUGUAAUGAUGGUGAUCCGUUUCAACCAAUAAAAACAGUUGCUUAUGCUGAUACUUCCUUUCAUUGUUAAGCAUUGGGCUCAAGCUCGAACCUGCAUUUUGAAAUUCCAGGGAGCAAACUAUGAACAAGUUUCCCAUAUACCCAAAAUAUGAAGGUGGGGACUAUUGUGGCUACGAAUUUGAUCCUCACACAGACUUUACGGAUUUCUUGUCAGAAGCGAGAAAGCAUGUAUCUGAAGGGAAAUUCAGCACUACACCUCCACGUUCUGUGGAACUGAGAAACAACAAUUUUGGAAAUGAUGUUAAGAAAACUUGCAAGAGAUCAUGGAAAAGCUCUCUGUUUUCAUGGCUGAAGACUGAUAAGAAGAAGAAUCAGGGAAGCAAAGAAACUUCAAAAGGCUCCACCAUUAACAAGCCGAAUCGUGGAUGUGUCUCUGGUCCAAUGCCAGGGAUCAGCGGGCCAGGUACUAUAGCUGGAAGGCCCAAUAAUCCUUUGUCUGGGCCCCUAACAUAUCUGUUCAGUCCAAUUAACAGAGUGGACAAUGAAAUACCUUAUCUCUGUCUUAACAAGGUUAAGAAUAAUACUCCUGAUGUUCAAUCUUAUGGGCCUCUUUAUCUGGUAACUUAAGAUUGCAAAAGGGUAGGUCUAAUUUAGCAGAGACUACAGGUAUGUGUCUUGAAUCUAUGUGUUUGGUGAAAGCAAACAAAUAUCAUAAGCAAAAAAGAAUUUGCAUUUGUUGCAACUUGCAAGGAACAGCUUCUUUUUCAUCAUCACAUGCUAGUCUAGGAAUAGGUUCUGAAUUCAACCAUGAUUUUGGAGUUUUGAAUUUGAAUAGCGUCAACAUCAACAUUUUGUUUGACGAAUUUCAGGAAAA